GGCUUAUAGGAGGCUAUUAAUCUGUAUUGACGCUGCAGUCCGAAGGCCGGCGGAAGUGCUCUGGGUUGUUGCCGGAAGUGGGCGAGGAAAGGUUGUGAUGGCGGCUGCGACUGUAGCAGAGAAGGUGCCGGUAGACGGCGCGGAGGAACAGCAGCCCCCUGCGGCGGCCGAGGAGCUGGCCGCCCAGAAGCGCGAACAGAGACUGCGCAAAUUCCGGGAGCUGCACCUGAAGCGGAAUGAAGCUCGUAAAUUAAAUCACCAGGAAGUUGUUGAAGAAGAUAAAAGACUUAAGUUACCUGCAAAUUGGGAAGCCAAAAAAGCUCGUUUGGAAUGGGAACUACAAGAAGAAGAAAAGAAAAAGGAAUGUGCAGCAAGAGGGGAAGACUACGAGAAAGUGAAGUUGCUAGAGAUCAGUGCAGAAGAUGCAGAAAGAUGGGAGAGGAAAAAGAGGAGGAAAAAUCCUGACCUGGGAUUUUCAGAUUAUGCUGCUGCCCAGCUUCGCCAGUACCAUCGGCUGACCAAACAGAUCAAACCGGACAUGGAAACAUAUGAGAGACUGAGAGAAAAGCAUGAGGAAGAGUUUUACCCAACAUCCAACAGUCUUCUUCAUGGGACACAUGUGCCUUCCACAGAGGAAAUUGAUAGGAUGGUCGUAGACCUGGAAAAACAAAUUGAAAAACGAGACAAAUAUAGUCGGAGACGUCCCUAUAAUGAUGAUGCAGAUAUUGACUACAUUAAUGAAAGGAAUGCCAAAUUCAACAAGAAGGCAGAAAGAUUCUAUGGGAAAUAUACAGCUGAAAUUAAACAGAAUUUGGAAAGAGGAACAGCUGUCUAAUCCCUUCAGGAACUGUUUAGAAGCUUGAGAAUGGAGUGAAAAUUUCUACUAGCAAAUUGAAGUUCUCUUCAGAGUUACACCAGUAAACCAGAACUCGGUCUAUGCCUUCCCACUCAGCAUUUAAAAAUAAAUGUUUUUUCUUAAACUUCUACUUCCAUGUAUAUUUCCACAUUUUUGUGCUUGGAUAUAAGAUGUAUUUCUUGUAAUGUACUUGUUUUGUAAAAAUCUACUUUGUAUAAAUUCUAUUAUUUUUCUAUGUAUUUUAAAUGUGUAUGACUGUUGAAUCUUUGAAGCAUUUUGGCUUUAAGAAUGCUGGCAGCAUACGUAAAUGCA